AUCCGCCUGCAAGAUGACGUUUUUCAGCAGAGCAGACAGUUACCUGGACAGCUUGAUAGACAGGCUUCGUGGCGACCUGGGCGUGACAUCAGAGGAGGGGAGGGAGAGAGAGAGGGAGGACGAGAGGGUGAUUGAUGCCUUUAAUGAAGCUAAUGCUGUCACAGGACCGGCCAAGGUGCUGGAUGUGGAUUUCAACGCCAAGAAGAACGCUGUGGACCACAAGUGUGACAAGUAUGAAGUGGUACACCAGAGGAAGCCCAAGGUGGUGUUGCGCAGGGGCGGGACCUUCACCAUUGACCUCACCAUGAACAAGGAGGUGGACAUCAAGAAGGAGUAUAUCCUCAAACUCUACUUCAAUUUUGGUAACACCCCCACCGUGCACCGCGGGACCCAAGGCAUUAUCACGGUGAUGGGCAAGACGAUGUUUGACAAGAGCCACGAGGACUGGGACGCCAGGAUGGUGCAGAACAAAGGAAAAACACUGAUACUGGAGGUCCAGAUUCCCAGUAUCGCUCCAGUGGGCUCUUGGACGAUGGCUACUGAGCUCAAACCAAAAGACACCGCUGCUGAUAGAUCGGCCAGACAGUUACUGAGGCUGGACACUUCUAUCUAUAUCCUCUUUAACCCAUGGAAUAAACAUGACGGUACGUACAUGCCGGACGAGGAGGGCAGGAACGAGUACGUGCUGAACCCCGUCGGCAAGAUCUGGCAGGGGGGCUACCCGGCGCGAGGGAGGCACUGGUCUUUUGGGCAGUUCGAUGACGUGGUGCUGCCGGCCUGUGUGCUGCUCAUGGAACGCUCAGGACUGAAACACGAGGCGCGAGGAGACCCGAUCUUUGUGUCACGCGCCAUAUCCAAGAUGGUGAACAGCAACGACGGUGACAACGGGGUGCUGAUCGGGGACUGGAGCGGCGACUAUUCUGACGGCACCUCCCCAAGUCAGUGGGCGGGCUCCAUCAAGAUCAUGGAGGAGUAUGUGAGGAGAGGCCGUCCCGUCAAGUAUGGGCAGUGUUGGGUCUUCGCUGGUGUUGGUGCCGCAGUGUGUCGCGCCCUGGGUCUCCCGUGCCGCCCAGUGACCAACCUCAACUCGGCCCACGACACGGACGUCUCUCUCACCAUCGACGAGUAUGUGGACAAGAAGGGCGACAAGAUCACUAGGGCGAGCCGCUCUGGCAUUAACCCCACGGGCCUCGGCGACUCCAUCUGGAACUUCCACGUAUGGAAUGACGUGUGGAUGGACCGCCCUGACCUGCCGCCUGGCUACGGGGGCUGGCAGGCCAUCGACGCCACGCCCCAGGAGACCAGCGACGGCGUGUUCCAGUGCGGGCCAGCGAGUCACGAGGCUGUGCGCAGGGGCCUGAUGGAGCUUAAAUAUGACGUGCCCUUUGUCUUGGCCGAGGUGAACGCUGAUGUUGUGCAUUGGCAAGAGGACGAGGACGCGCAGGAUGGCUUCAGGAAAAUCUUCUCAAAUAAAAACCACGUGGGCCGUCAAUUGCUCACCAAGAAGGUAGGCGGCGUAGAAAACGGGAACUACGGCGACGUUGACAAGGAGGACUGCACUAAUCUAUACAAACCGCCAGAGGGAACCAAGGCAGAGAGAGUCACGCUGCAGAUGGCGGCCAGACGCUCCCGCAACGCUCGCCACGCCUUCCGCUUCCCUUCCCUGGCCGAGGACGAUGUCAACUUCACGAUCGAGGACAUUGACAGCAUUAGCAUUGGUGAUGACUUCUCUGUCACCGUCAAGGCUGAGAGUACCAGCGAAGUGGACAGAACCGUGCAAAUUGUCAUGAAGGCAGGCAGCGUUUACUACACGGGCGCUCCUGCCAACCCCAUCACUGAAGCAGGCGGGGAGUUCGUAUUGAAGCCCAAGCAAUCCAAGACCCUGUCGCUGCCGGUGCCCUACAGCCAGUACUACAGCAAACUGGUGGAGCACGCCAUGGUGAAGAUGGUUGCCCACUGCCGCGUUGUGGAGACUUCCUACGCCUGGAUGGGUGAUGACUGCUUCGAGAUCACCAAACCUAGCGUACUGGUCAAGGCGCUGCACAAGGCGGUGGUGGAGCAGCCCUUGAAGAUUGAGUUCUCUUUCAUGAACCCUCUGCCGGAGACCAUGACGGACUGUGUGUUGGAAGUAGACGGCCCUGGACUCAGCCGCCCCAAGACCAUCCCGAUCAGUGACGUGGCCGCCAAGGGUGAGAUGAAGUGGACCUACACAAUGGUGCCACAUAAGGUUGGGGAGUUUGUGCUCAUUGCUACCUUCAACUCCAAGCAACUCGUUAACCUGUCAGGCUCCUCCUCCAUCACUGUGGCGGAGGCUUAACUGGCUUACCUGUGCCUACCUGUGCGCUGUGUACCUGUCUUUCUAUAUUUUUUCAAGGAUACAGAGAGUUAAACGGUUUUCAAAGGUGUUUUUUGGGGUGUUGAUCACGUGAAAGCGUUUAUUUGUCACUAGGAUCCUCCCCAAUCACUGUAGUACAUGCUUAACUGGCUUACCUGUGCCUACCUGUGCGCUGUCUACCUGUCUUUCUUCUUUUUUCAAGGUUACAGAGAGUUAAACGGUUUUCAAAGGUGUUUUUCCGGGUUUUGAUGAUGUGAAAGCGUUUAUUUGUCACUAGAAUCUUUAAAAACAUCCUUCAUGACUGUUUUUCGAGGCUACAGAGAUGACUAGUUGGGUUCUCAAAGGUGAAUUUUGAUGUUUAUAAUGUAGAAGUGUGUUUACCCAUCACUACAUCUGUAAAAACACCCUAGAAGUCCCGUGUAACUUAGUAAACACGUAUUUUGAGACACUGCCAUAUCCAAAGUUACAGUGAUUGUCAAACGGUGUCACUGGUGCUUUUUAGUCUUCAUAAUGUAGAAAUAGUGUUUAUCUGUUACUAGAACCGUAAAAAAAAAAAUAUGCAUCCUGGAAAUUUCGUAAAGUAUAAACAGUAUUCUAAGACAGUUCAUUCUCUCACCACUGUUUCCCAAGGCCAGAAAUGACUAGGAGGGUUCUCAAGAUUGUGUUUCUUUAUUAUUAAUGUAGAAAUCGUGUUAAUCUCUCACUAAAACCAUGGAAACACUAACAACAGAUUCAAUUUCCACUACAGCCUUUUAAAAUUAACUCCUUCAAUACUGAGGCGAGUUUAUUGACAUUAGGAAGGGUCUAUGGAGGUCAGACUAUUAAAGGCCACAGUCUUCACUAUUUUAACCCCUUCAGUAUUGGGACACAUUUUUACCUUGAGAUUUGUGUACCAUUAGACCAUUUUAUUGACAUUAUGAAGGGUCUAUGGAGGUCACAAGAUUAAUGGCCACAGUCCUCACAAUUUUAAUCCCCCAUGAGUUUCUGAAGCUUAUAAAAUCACCAAAUAGUCAGCAGAGUGAAUAUGGAAACUCGUCAUGGUGCUGAAGGGGUUAAGGAAAAGUGGUGAGAUACUGUUUACAAAUAUAAGAUAAUUUUGUGUUGGGCUGCCUGACCUAACCUAACCUAAUAUAACUAUAACUUAACUAUAACCUAACCUAACCUUAACCUAACCUGAUCUGACCUAACCUAACUUAACCUAACACUAACACCAACACUAACACCAACACUAACACCAACACCAACACUAACUGUUUGUGUUUCUUCAUAGCAUUCAGUGUUAUUCUAGAAAGACUCAUUUUCUUCCCAUAAUUCCUAUAUAGCAACAUUUUCUUUCAAGUUUGGUUUGUUUCUUGUUUGUGUUCCUUUAGUGUAGUGUUGCUCUGUUGUGUUCCUUUUAUUCUUGGAUUUAUUGAAGUGUUUUGAAAAGUUUGUGUUCGUGUUGUUGUGUUCUUUCUCGUUUUGUUCUUGAGCUGUGUUGCUUAAAAGAAAGAUUAGCAUUGUUCAUUGUGUUGCUGUGUGUGUGUGUGUGUGUGUGUGUGUGUGUGUGUGUGUGUGUGUGUGUGUGUGUGUGUGUGUGUGUGUGUGUGUCCAACUAAAUGUCAAAUAUGCUUCUCUGUUAA